AUGGACACGCUGUUGAGGAUUGUGUCGAAUGUUUACACGAGAAGAUUUGAGGAGGACUUCCUGGACAGGGUCAAUUACCAGUUCACAGCGUAUUUGUUCGCAUUUGGAAGUAUUAUUAUCACUUCGAAGAUCUACAUGGGUAGACCCAUCGUUUGUUGGACACCUGCUGAAUUCAGAGGAGGUUGGGUAGAAUACACAACAGACUACUGCCUCAUUGAGAACACUUACUACGUACCGCUGAACGAUCCUGAUCUUCCGAAUGUACCACACAGAGGAGAAAAAGAGCUACCGUACUACCAGUGGGUGCAAUUUGUACUGGUGCUGCUCGCAUUCGGCUUCUAUCUUCCACACAUCUACUGGAGAUCUGUGAAUUGGUGGUCCGGAAUUCAACUGAGAGCGAUAGUGCGAGCCUCAUGCGAGUUACCAAAAGACGAUGUAGCUAAACGAGAAUUAGCCAUAGAAAAAAUAGCCGGUCACAUCUAUCGAGCAACACAUCGGAACUACAAGAAUGCUGGCAGCGUGUUUCAGAAUCUAAUGAAAGAAGGCUGGAUGUCAUGGAACUAUCUCGCUAUGAAGUUAAUGUUUGUGGUGAAUAUCGUGCUGCAAAUCCUGGUUCUUCACCUCUUCCUCGGCUUCGAUUGGGGAGACCUUUUUAACCUUAAACUCGGCUUCAACACCGACUGGAAGGCGACAGGUCUCUUCCCUAGAUCCACUAUGUGCGAUUUUGAGGUCAGAAACAAAGGUAAUUUGCAAAGAUAUUCCGUGCAGUGUGUGCUCUCAUUAAAUAUGUUCAAUGAGAAGAUCUUCCUGGUCUUGUUCUACUGGCUUAUACUUCUGUUUUUAAUAACUCUGGUGAAUCUCUGCCUAUGGGUGAAGAAGCUGUACUCCCGAACAGAUCAAUUGACAUUUGUCAGACGGAUGCUCGAAAGUGCAGGAAUCCAGCGACAGAAACAUUUUUAUGCAAAGGAUGAAUCCGAGAAAAAGUUCAUUAGUGGUGAUAUCGACAACUCGAUAAAUACGAUCAAGAAAUUCGAAAAAUUCGAGGAUAGUGUGGAUCGUGAUCUCAUCGUCAUUCUCAGGUUAAUCUCGUCAAAUGCCGGAGCAAAUGUUUGCUCGGAUGUGACGAAGUGUCUCUUCGAAAGGUUCUGA